GGGGCCCCCCGGAGCUUGUCCCUUUAAAGGCUCCCGUCCCGGUUGGAGGCUAGCCCCGCCUCUGGAGCAGCCGUCCCAUGAGUCAUAAAGUUUAAUGUCCUGCCCAAAGUUUAGACUCGACUGGGGCGAAACUUUUUUUUUUUUUUCCUCCUCUCUCUCCCUCCUCCAAAGUGAGCAGCGGAGAUUUAUCCUGCCAGCAACGAGCUGGCUCAUUUCAGGCCCAAACUACAACAUUCGGGCCUCGUUGUUUGUUUUUAUGAAAAAUAUUUUUUUCAACCCUGUUGACGACGUUCGACAUUGCGUUUGUUUUUGUUUUUUUUUUUUUUUUGGGGGGGGGGGUUGGAAGAGUUUUGGAUAGGGACGGGACAGUAAAAGAGUUCCAGAUAUGCGCUUUGUUGCCUUCUGGAGAAUGCCCGCAAGAAACGACCGCAAAACGUCGACUUCGUGUGCACACUCGGACAGCUAACAAACAACUUUUUCGUUGGGGGGAAAAAGUUUAGGAUGAACCGGGACAACUUUUACUGAGCGGCGUCGACAUAUUUUCUCCCCCCCCACCACCACCACAUUUCCUGCUGCGUGAUAAUCCACGGAAAACUAGCUCGGGAUUUGAUUUUGAGAUUUCGAGGGCUUCUGUUUUCCCUCAACUUUCGCUCGAGUCGGCACAGCAGACUUUUUCGGGACAAUGGAUCCGAGCCAGCACAACCCUCCGGCCGGACACCAGAUCGUCCACGUCCGGGGCGACUCGGAGACCGACCUGGAGGCCCUCUUCAACGCCGUGAUGAACCCCAAAAACACCAUCGUGCCCCCCUCGGUGCCCAUGAGGAUGAGGAAGCUGCCCGACUCCUUCUUCAAGCCGCCCGAGCCCAAGUCCCACUCCAGACAAGCAAGCACGGACGCGGGCACCGGCGGCGCCCUCACACCGCACCACGUGCGCGCCCACUCGUCGCCCGCUUCCCUGCAGAUGGGCGCCGUCUCCGGAGGCUCCCUGUCCGGGAUGCCGCCAGCGGGCGCCUCGCCCCAGCACCUGCGACAGUCCUCGUACGAGAUCCCCGACGAUGUGCCGCUGCCCCCGGGAUGGGAGAUGGCCAAGACCGCCUCGGGCCAGCGAUACUUCCUCAACCACAUUGAUCAGACCACCACUUGGCAGGACCCCCGCAAGGCCCUGCUUCAGAUGAACCAGGCUCCCCCACCUAACUCGGUGCCAGUUCAGCAACAGAACCUGAUGAACCCGGCCAGUGGUCCACUCCCUGAAGGCUGGGAACAAGCGAUUACAUCAGAGGGUGAAAUUUAUUACAUCAACCACAAGAACAAAACCACUUCCUGGUUGGACCCGCGGCUCGACCCCCGCUUCGCCUUGAACCAGCAGAGGAUCUCCCAGAGUGCACCUGUGAAGCAAGGUGGCCAACUGCCCUCCAGCACCCUCAGCGGCGUCAACCAGUUGAGGCUGCAGAAGAUUGAGAAGGAGAGGCUGAGGUUGAAACAAGAGCUGCUUCGACAAAGACCUCAGGAGCUUGCUCUGAGGAACCAGCUGCCCACUAGCAUGGAGCAAGACGGCGGCACCAACCCCGUGUCCUCCCCGAUGGCCCAGGACGCCCGGACCAUGACCGCCAACAGCUCGGACCCAUUCCUCAACAGCGGGACGUACCACUCCAGGGACGAGAGCACAGACAGCGGCUUGAGCAUGAGCAGCUACAGCGUCCCUCGCACUCCUGAUGACUUCCUCAACAGCGUGGACGAGAUGGACACAGGCGACCCGCUUCCGAGCUCCAUGGGCACGCAGCCCAGCCGCUUCCCCGACUACCUGGACGCCAUCCCGGGGACGGACGUGGACCUGGGCACCCUGGAGGGCGAGAGCAUGGCCGUGGAGGGCGAGGAGCUGAUGCCCAGCCUGCAGGAAGCGCUCAGCUCCGACAUCCUCAACGACAUGGAGUCGGUGCUGGCGGCCACCAAGAUCGACAAGGAGAGCUUCCUCACGUGGUUAUAAGAGGAGAGGGGGCCCUUCCUCUUCGUCUCCCUCCUCCUCCUCCUCCUCCUCUGUGCUUCCGACAAGACAUUUCUGCGAGCCUGUCUGGACUUUCCCAUACUCUGCGGCAGUAUUCCUCUUGUCUCUAUCAGUCUCCUCACUCUCUUCUUUUUGUCUGUGUCUUCAAGGCUGGCCCAUGAGCAGACAAUAACGCUAAGGGUCCCCCCCGAAGCUCGAGCUUGGGCAUCUUUACCCCCCUCCCCCACAAUAUUUCUCCUUUAGCACCUCGUUCUCCUGCAUUUAAUCUAGCUUCAUCUUCUGCCUUUUUUUUUUUUUUUUUUUUUUUGCCCAAGGAACCAAAAAUGAUGUAUUUGACAAACAAUACGGAUUUGGAAUCUAGAUGUUAAGAGGCCUCCAGUAAGGACAGGUGAAGGUUUUUUUUUUUUUUUGCAGUUGGGGGUGGGGGUUCAGGGAUGCUGACCACAUCGCUGCUUGGCUGUGCCAGCAUGUCUAAGUUAAACUUUUUGGUUUUUUUUUUUUUUGGUUUAUUUGUUAUCAUUAGAUCAAGUGCCUUCAGCUUUUGUCUUCAGAAUGCGAGCAAUGCGAACAACUUCCUUCACUUUCUCUUAAGUCGAUUUCAAAACAUUUUAACAGGAUGGAGGGAUUUUUUUUUCAGCAUCUAUAUCGCAGUCUUACCAGCUUUUAUCUCUCAUUUAGUAUUCGUUUCCUUUUUUAAACAACAAAAUGUAUAUGAUAUCUUAGAUUCUCUUUAUUUGUACUUUUUUUUUUUUACUUCACUACAUGAAGAAACAAGUUUGACAAUUUGCUCUGUGGCCCAUUUUUGAGACAAAUAUUACAAGCUUAUGUCUUUCUGCAACGAAUAUUCCUGAACAUUAACCCCCCCCUCAAAAAAAUGGAAAAAAAGGAAAGCAUACUUGUAGGCAGAAUGAUACGAAAAGACGUUUAAAGACAGCUCGGACGUGUCAGAGCAGGUUUAAGAGUCAUGUUGAUGGCGAGGUUGGGGGGGGGGGGCGAACAAUGCCAGCCAGGGUUUGAUGGUUUGGAGAUUUUUCUUUCUUUCUUUUUUGGAGGAAUAAUUCAGAAACAAUCAGUUGUGAUUUGAGUCAGGACUUGCUGUGGCAGAUUCCAAAGAUGUUUGUUUUUUUGUUUGUAAUGACACUUAUUUCGCUUCCAGUUUCACAGUGAUUUAUUAAUCCGCCUGUGUAUGAACAAAAUGUAUAAUAAGCUAGUGAGAAAGAAGAAAAACAAAUCGUAGUAGGUUUACCAGAGAGAUUUCUUUUCUUUAUUUAGUUUUUGAACAUUGGUUGUUGUGAGUGACUAACCCUGAGAUUCUAAAGGAUUUUGUGUCGAGUGAUUUGUAGUUGUUCACCGUGUUUCUGAUGUUUACGCCACGUCUUUGCGCCGGUUUGAUCGCUAACCUACAGUAUCCUUCAGUAGCAUUAACUUUGGAACUUGAUGGAACAUUUUUUUUUAUAGAGCAAAGAACAGUUUUUAUAUAUACACCUUGCGAGAAACUUCCUAUGAUUGAUUUUACAGCGGUUAACUUUGAUAAAUUUGAAGACGGAAAAACAGUGUUGGUGAGAGAACAAUGCAACUAAAAUGAGUGGUACACUACAAGUGCUUGUAUUGCACGGCUACGCUUUUCAGUUUGGAUGCAACUCGGCAUUGAUUUUAUGCUUACUUUGGCGCGUAUUCUUCGGUGCGCACAUUAGCUUUUUGACUGUCAUCAUCGUAGCCUUAGAACUAAUCACAACAGUUAAAGGUUUUUUGUUUGUUUCUUUUUUGUUUUGCAAUUUAGAGGUUUCUAAAUGCACAUGAAAUGACUUUAUAAUCAGUGAUGAUCUGUUCUUUUUUGGGGUUUUUUAAUAGAUAUGUGCAUGUUUUAAAACCAUAAAAUUGUUACA